AUGGUCAGUGGCAGAGACUUCCGCCCUGAUUCGGAUAUCAGCUCCAAGCUGAUCCAAUGUGCGGAUUUGCAUACGGAUCCUUUCACGGGCUUCACUUUGCUGUUCCCGUUGAAAAGCCACGGCGAGGAAGGGAUCGGCGGCAAGAUCCAUCGACCCAGCUCAAGCAUCAUUAUUGAGCUCAAGAUCAAGCCCCUGCGCGGUCGCUUUACCUUCACCGUGCAAGAUGUCGAUGCUGUCCCCGGUCUUCGCCAGCGCAUGUCCGAUUCCAAGGCCAAGUCCAGCGCCAUUCACAUCUUGAAGCUGACCGCAACGUCACUGUUGAAGGAUUCAGCAAAGAGUUCAAUCAGCCACCCUGGCCACCCUUGUGACGGCUGGUUGAAUCAUGGCCAACCCAUGGCCGACGGCAAGACUCUGCUGGAAGUUUUAGACGAGCGAGAGUUCUUCAUUGUCGCAUCAUUCCCAGAGAGGGAGGUCAGCAAGUACUGGGGUGAAGGUCCUCUGCCGCCAUCGUUCAGGUACGAUCAAGUCUACGGCAGCGCUCACGAUUGGGAGAUCAAUGGCGCACGACAGAAUUCAGGAGAACCAUUACCUUCACCGACAUCAACGCGCCUAUACCGAGCGAACAGGGACGAACUUGAGCGCCUGCGGAGGAAGGAUGCCGAGCUUGUCCAUAUCGCCGGCAUGGAACCUGUGGCCACUGUCAACUCCUUCCGGGGCCUUGAAGGCGAUAUUAUCUUUGUCGUGAGGGGUUGUCAAACGACACUUUCGCACUAG